AUGUUUUAGUAGUAAGUUAAAAAGGAGGAUGUAAUAGACAAAGACAUUCUGAAGUUGAAAAAAGAGAAACUUGAGUAGGUUUUCGCUAUUGACAUGGUUUUAGUUUAAAAUAAGUACGAAGGUUUAUUGUCCUUUAAAGGACCUUUGGAGGAUUAAUUUGAUAUUUUCGAUAAGCCUGACUUAUUCCAUGUUUAGGAGUAAGGGAAAAAAUACCUCUGCUUCGGGGGAUAGUAGCAUGCUAAGAUCCAGCAUUUCUACUAAAAGCAUCUCCAAGAUAAGAAGUAUGCUGAGCUAGAAUUAUCAGCUGCUGUAGAAUCUUCAUAAUUAAAGGAACAAAAAUUAGUUUUUACUAAUUUUAUCCUCUUCUUCAUCAAAUAAGAAGAGAUUAAGGUGAUAAUUCUAGAUUAAAUGGAUAGUAAUUAAGAUCAGGAUUAGAUUUAAAUCCUUUUUUUGAAAACACAAACACCUACGCCUGAGUUAACCAUAGAAAUAUAUGUUAAAAGGGAAUGGACGUUCCAUUUAAAUAAAGAUGACAAAAAUAUUUAAGCUGUAGAGGAGAAGGAGGAGCUUAAAAAAUUAAACGAAAUAUUCGAUAAGUGCAAACUACAAAAUAUAGAUCACUGUGAAUGGUUUAAAAUAGGAAAGAAGAAAUAUGUCUUCACUUGUGAAGCUAAUAAGUUUCCUUAAGCACUAGAUCCCUACAACUAAAAUCUUUACAACUAUUAGCUAAAAGAAAUGAUAUAGAAACUUCAGUGGAAUAUGAUUGAGUCCUUUAAAUUUCCAGAAAAUUAUAAUGAUCCCAAAUUCUAUAAAGUGAAUGAAUUUACUUGUACAGAAACACUUUAUCGAACGAGUUUUGAGUUUAAAUAUGUGGCAUUCAAAUUCAUGAAAACCUUAACAAAAAGAGACCCAAGAUUGAAUGAAAUUCAAGCCACAAUUGACAUAAUGAAUCAAGAACUUAGUUAGGUCAAUUUAGCUACUGUAAUAGAGAUAAAGAAAAUCUACAAUAAGCAAAUUUAUCAAACAGUAGGAAGUGAAUUUGAAAGAAUGUUAUAAAAGCAUCCAUUGAUAUCAGGACUGAACUUAGUAAAGCAUCUUUUUCAUGGUUCAAGAUUAAGUGAUCCAUUAAAUAUCUUCUCAUUUGAAAGUGGACUUGACAUGAGGCAUAAUGUUAUUCUGUACUGUCAUAACUGGAUUAUCAUCUAGUUAAGGCGGAGGAUAAUAAGCAAGAAUGCCUGCUGCUAUACCAGGCAAACAAGGUGUAUUGUAUGA